AUGGCUCCCAACCAUUCUCUCUACUUCUUUUGCCUCAUUGACUUAAUCUUCAUCUCGCACACCGCAAUCAACCAUAUUUACAAUAACGUCCACGAUGAGACGAAACACGUCCGAAGACGUAUUGACCUCUACAACAAGAAGAUGGACCAGUGGUGCUCUGGCUUACCUAACUCCAUGCGUUUUCAAGAGCUCAACGACAACCGGGCACGCAGUAACAUGAAUCCAUACCAGGCCUCUCUGUCGCUGCAUUAUUACAGCGCCCGUAUUGUCCUGAACCGACCCUGUUUUUCUCUUCCUAAAUCAAAUGAAGAGACUGGCAUCAGAGCCUUUCGUUCUCAUUUAGAGCGCGACAGCGCUUUGAUCUGCCUACGCUCCUCGCUAGCAAUGAUCUCUCUCCUUCCCGAUCAGCCCGAUGCAGACUGGGCCUACCGUAUUGCGCCUUGGUGGACCUUCCUACAUUUCCUUGUUCAAGCCACCACAAUUUUGCUAUUGCAUAUGUCAGUCGAGGAUUUCAAAUUCUGUCAGACUGGUGAGGGCUCUGCCAAGUACACCGACUUACUUGCAGGUGUGAUCGCAGCCGGCUAA